GGUAACAAUCCGGGUACCUAGCAGGCAGACAAUAACCAAAAUGGCUAUCAAGACAAAAUGAAACAAUCUACAGUAGUCGAUUUUGCUAAGAAUCGGCACCAUUGAGUAUUGUAAGUGCCUGACUUUUAAUGGUUUUACUCGAACUUCAUCUAUGAAGAGUUUUAAGCAUGUCGCAAACGGGCAUAUCGUUGAGCGACUCGAAUUAUACUAAUUCUGUUGCGAAUAAAGGCGCAUCGGAAUCGGCGACUUUUCACUGUGAUAAUAGUUCGUCGCUAGAAAAGAAAAACGCGAUUAUAGUCGAUCGAAAAGACGAAAAUGCGUGGCCUGCUGUGAACAGUAGACGAUUCAAUUCCGAAGAAUCAAUGUCUAACGCGCAUCAAAUGCAUACUGAGCGUGAAAACGCAUGGAGUAAUCCGUCCUCAUCUGUUGUCCAAUCGCCCUCCAAGUCUUCUUGGCCUUGCACGAGUUCUACAUGGGCACAACCGUCCAGCAGCCAGUGGGACAAACCUGCAGAUUCCGUUUCCAAGGCUGAAUCAGGCUCAUGGGGAUCUCCUGGUCCCAGUCCGAGACCGGAUAAAGCUGAUUGGGGUGGGGAAAAAGCUUGGGGUCAGCCGUCCGGCGAAAGAAGUUCGUGGGGAUCUCAUGGUAAUGGCCACUCAAACAGCGGAAGACAAUCUACUUGGAAUCAAGGUAACGGCGGUAACACAAACUCCAAUUGGGGUGACAAAGGAACUGGCAGUUGGGGAAGUAACAGCGGCGUCGAAUCGCACUGGGACGACAAGGGCGUUCCAAGCUCCUCGUGGCCUGCUUCAAAUGGCAAUAGUUGCAGUAGUUCUAACAGUAGCCAGUCGUCUUGGACGGGAGGCGACAGCAGUUGGCCAAAGCCAAAACCGGCUUCGCCAUCUUGUGAGAAGCCGUCAGAAGAUAUCGUCAGUAACCCCGACGGUUGGGGUAAAUUGCCCGUGCGACAAGAUGUCAAGUGGGAGGUUGAUGUUAAAGCUCGUGCAGACAGCGCUCUUCCACCUGAAUCCUCAAAUCAGUGGCAAAAUAAUAACGGUACUGCUAUUUGGGAGACUUGCAAAGCUGAAACCGUCGGUGCAUCUAGUACCGAAAGUGAUAGUGCUCAAACUUGGAAUGGUGCUUCUUCUCAUCCUCCUCACCCAGCGCAAAGAUCGAAUAGUUGGGGACCGCAACAGCAUACUCAGCAAUCCCAACACCAGUGGAAUUCUGGUCGGUCAGACAGCGACUUAAGUAUGUGGGGAGGCAGGGGAGGUGGACAUGAAGGGGAAAACAGGGGAGGAAAUAAUAGAGAUCCUCCAAGUGGAAGUGCUAAUAAUAGCAGUAGUGGUGGUAAUACUGGCAAUGACGAUAAUAAUCAAUGGUCCCGGAGACCUCAAUGGAAAAGUGCACCAAAUUCGUCUUGGGGUGGAAAUGCACCAGCGCAAUCAAAUCCUUCAUCAACGCCAAAUAGGGGUAAUGGAACGGGCAGCGGAUGGGGAUCACCAAACGUACAGCGUAAUGUUUCUAAGCCACCGAGCGUUUGGGAAAGUAGUGGAUCCAAAGUUGAAACAGGUAACUGGGAUGAGAAUCAAUGGGGUGAAGACUGGCAAGGCCCAGACUCAAGUAGGCGCUCUGAAAUCGACAAUGGGACGGCUUUAUGGCAUCAGCAAUCGACGAAUUCGAAGCCUACAGGAGGAAACACUGGAGGUGGAAGUGGAGGAGGCAAUAGUGGAGGUGGAAGUGGAGGUGGAGGUGGUUGGGGUGAAAAGGAUUGGACAACUCCAGCGCAGCAGACCAAUGAAGAAAAAAUGGGAAUGCCAAGUCGAGGAGGUACAAUUCAAAAGUUGGUUGAACAGGGAUAUUCAAAGGAAGCAGCUCAAAAUGCUCUUAUAUCGAAUAAUUUGGAAAUGAGUGCCGCCUUAAGUGAUUUAGCAAAUAAACCUAAGGCGUCAUCGAUCGGUAUGCCGCAAAAUAUGCUGCAGACAGACUUGCAGCGACUAGUCAACAAUCGAAUCUUACCGAAUAGUGUACUGCAGUUUCCUACCGAUGAAACUAUGCUCAAACAGAUCCAGACUCUACUUCAACUGCACCAAAUACUGCAAAAAUUGCAAAGUCAAAAGAAAGCGUAUCAAUCAACCAACGCCAUCUCGCCUCAGGCGCAAAUUAAUAUCCACCAUAUAGAACAAAAUAUACAGGACCUCAACAAGAAAAUUUCCGAAGUUACAAGAUCCAUAAACAGUAUCAUUAAUACCAAGACUAUCCAGUCGUCAGCUUCCGCUCCAAAAGUAGGCUUACUCUUAUCGAACACCGACAAUAACCCGUCGUCGUCUGAUCUCUCCAACGAUUUUUCUCAAAUAAAGAUUUCUCAAGCACAGCCGUAUACUGCCCAGCCACCAUUCCCCACUAGCCAAUCGAAGCUGUCCAUGUGGAAAGAUUCAAAAGCCUCUAGUCAAUCGGUAAUGGCUCCGCCUGGCGGCAUAUCCAUAACCGAAAGUACUUGGUCGACAUGUUUGCCGAACACAAUGACGCCCUCGUGGCCGAAUUCCGAGCAGGGCGAUAAGGACGAUAAAGGAUCAGCUUCUGGUAGCUCUGGAAAUACAGUCAUUCAUGAAUUUGUACCAGGUAAGCCAUGGACAGGCUUUCGAAACCCUGAGGAGGACGACUAUGCAACACCCGCCUCUAUGUUACAUCCGCUCUCUGUUAGCCAUGUAAAGAAUGAAUACAUCGAAUCGACGCUUCAAUCAGGUGCCGGAUCUCACCGAAAUACAGGUAUGCGUUUCCCUCAACCUGGUGGUGGUGGAAUCAUUUCUCGAGGAUCAGCUGCUUCGGCAACAUUCAACAGAUCACAAUCGUGGGCAGGGACGGGAGCAGAUCGGUCUUCAUGGGAAGCACACAAUCGCACCAACGUAGCAAUCAAGAAUUUACCGCCAGGUUUACAGGAACCUGCCAGCUUGAAAUCUUUUGCCGCGCAUUACAAUAUAGCUGCACCCAUGCGUGUUUCGUUGGAGUCAAACGGCAGCUAUGUUGCUACUUUCCCGUCAAUGGAUGAUGCUGAAAGAUUUAUUUAUCAAAUAAACGGGAUGUUUGGACAUGUCGCUCAGCUCCUAAAUGAAGACGCGAGGCACUAUGCUCAAGACGGAUGGUCAACAGGAGGUGGGGGACGGCCUUGGAAUAAUGGAACUCCGUGGGGCCCGUGAAGAAAUCGUUUUAAAAACUUUACAAAGGAACGUUUGUUUGGUAUAAGUUAAAAAUUUCAAAAAUAUCAACGUAUAUUUAUAGUACGGAAGUCUGUUUUAUUGUUUAAUUUUAUCGCGAGCUAGGCCGUAGGAAGAUAGUCUAGAGACGACCUUACUUUUUAACCCCUUGCACUUGAGAAAUGGCAGGCAAUAACUGAUUUUAAGUAUAUUUGAUGUACAUAUAUACAUGA